CGCAUUGCCAUCGGCUGCGACGAAGCAGGCUUCAACUACAAGACAGCACUCAAGAAAGACCUCGAAGCCUCACCCCUCGUCUCGUCCGUCACCGACGUCGGCGUCCCAGCCCACACAGACAAAACAGCAUACCCACACGUCGCAGCUGCAGCGGGACAACUUGUCGCCUCGGGCGCCGUCGACCGAGCAGUCUUGAUCUGCGGCACCGGGCUAGGCGUUGCCAUCGCAGCGAACAAAGUGCCUGGCGUGCGCGCGGUGACGGCGCAUGAUGGGUUCAGCGUCGAGAGGGCGGUGCUGAGUAACGAUGCGCAGGUGCUAUGUUUAGGCGAGAGGGUUGUCGGGUUGGAGUUGGCGAGGCGGCUGGUCAAAGAGUGGUUGGGGUAUCGGUUUGAUCAAGGCAGUGCGAGCGCGGAGAAGGUGAGGGCGAUUAUGGGGCUUGAGGGA